AUGACGAACAAAGAUCUACCGUCACACGAUUUCUAUCAAUCUCUCACUCAUCUUACGUUGAGUGUAUAUAUAAAAGGAUACGGCGUUGAAGGGAUCAAAGAUCAAGUGAAAGUGGAAUUUGACACCCGAAAGAUUAAGAUCAAUCUUCCUGCCCUUCCCUCUGGUCCAGGAGCCGAAGGAAGGACAAUAAGUUUCGAGCCAUUGUACGAUGGGAUUGGUACUGAGGGAAGUACAUAUAGGGUACUGAACACCAAGAUCGAAAUCAAAUUACUCAAAAUCAAUCCUAUCAACUGGCCUUCACUCCUAUCCGAUCCAAAGUCAACUUCUCUCUCUGCUGGACCAUCAUCCUCUUCUUCGUCUCAGACGACCACUACCGCAUCGGCACCCGCUCCUGUCGAAGUCACCCCUUCGGCUACCGCUACCAUUGAGAGUAGGAAGAAAGAAAAGAAGAACUGGGAUAAAGUACUGGAAGAUGAACUUGUCGAAGAUCAAUCAGAUGAUAAAGACCCUAACUCCGGAGGUGAUGCAGCCUUGCAGAAAUUCUUCUCUCAGAUAUACGGGAAUGCCGAUCCUGAUACUCGUCGAGCGAUGAUCAAGAGUUUCACAGAGAGUGGUGGGACGACUCUGUCGACCGACUGGAGUAAUAUAGGUAAAGAACGUACACCAGUGAGACCUCCUGAAGGUAUGGAAGAGAAGAAAUUGUAA